AUGAACGGCGAAGUCAUUUCACCAGCAAACGGUCUCUCUUUGUUGGGGAACAUGGAUGUAGUUGAGCCUUUGGCAGUCGUUGGUAUUUCUCUGAAGUAUCCUCAAGAUGCUACAUCGCCAGAGCGUUUCUGGAAUAUGAUGGAGGAGAGACGAUGCGCCAUGACCGAAUGGCCAAGAGAUCGAGUCAACAUCGAUGCGUUCUACAAUCAGGAGCAAGCAAGCAAAUCCGAGAUCCCUGCUCGUGGGGCGCAUUUCCUUCAGGAAGAUCUCGGACUUUUUGAUGCAUCCUUCUUUGCGAUGAAUACAAAAGAAGCAAGCGCAGUAGAUCCCCAGGCACGCAUACUUCUGGAAACAUGUUACCGGGCCUUGGAGAACGCUGGCAUGCCGAUGGAGCACGUGCAUGGCUCUCGAACAGGAGUCUACACUGGCUCUAUGUCGGAUGCAUACAAACUCCUCCUCGUAAGAGACAGUGAUGACUUCCCUCAGUAUGCUGCAACUGGUGUUGCUGUUAACAUGCUUGCGAAUAGAAUCAGCUGGUUCUUCAACUUCACUGGGCCGAGCAUUAAUCUUGACUCUGCAUGCUCGAGCAGCUUGAUGGCACUUGAUAUUGCAUGUCAAGGUCUUCGGCAAGGGGAGUGUGAUAUGGCACUGGUUGCUGGAACCAAUAUUCUCCUCGGAGUCGAGACCCCAUUGUCUCUUGCAAAGAUGGGAUUUAUCUCUCCUUCCAGUCGUUGCUACAGUUUUGACGAAAGGGCUGAUGGGUACAGCCGCGGGGAAGGCCUAGGUGUCGUUGUUGUGAAGCGACUUCAUGAUGCCCUUAGACAUAACGACACUAUUCGCGCAGUAAUUCGUGCGACGGGCUCCAACCAAGACGGCCGCACACCUGGACUUACCCAACCGAAUGGAGAAUCUCAGGCGCAGCUGAUCAGAGACACUUACGCCAAGGCAGAUCUCAGUUUUGCUCACACACGUUUCGUGGAAGCCCAUGGAACUGGAACAGCCAUUGGAGACCCUACCGAGGCCAACGCCAUUGGAAGGGGGAAUAUUGGGCAUCUCGAAGGCGGAAGCGGCAUAGCGGGUGUCAUCAAGGCUAUUCUUUGUCUCGAGAAAGGACUCAUCCCUCCCAAUGCAAAUUUUGAGCAGAUCAAUUCCCGGAUUCAGGCAAAAGCUUUGAACCUAGAGUUUCCUACUUCGCUAACUACAUGGCCCGAAUGUGACAUCCGACGUGCUUCGGUCAGUUCUUUUGGAUUCGGUGGAUCUAAUUCGCAUGUCGUACUCGACGAUGCUUACAACUUCCUGCGAAAGAGGGCAUUACGAGGACAUAAUACCACAUAUCACCACAGAAUACGUAUGAAUCAUUCUAAAGAUAGCGACGGACGAUGCAAUAGUGGCAUGAAUGGAUAUGCAAACGGGCAUAUAGAUACGACUACAAGAAGAAAAUUAACAUUAUUGGUUUGGAGCGCUGCUGACGAGCAUUCGGCCGGCAUUUUGGUAGAGAAGGCGAGCCAUUUCCAGGCUCAGACAGACCCUUCCACACUUGACGAUGUGGCAUACACUCUUGGCUUUCGCCGGAGCCUACUUCCUUGGCGAUCUUUCGCCGUAGUAAGCUCUACUGAGAGCUCUGCCUGUCUCGGUGGGGCUGGGACGCGCAUAUCGAAACCCAUCCGUUCGAGGAUGAAGCGAGGCCUUGCCUUCAUCUUUACGGGGCAGGGAGCUCAAUAUAGAGGCAUGGGCCGCGGCCUUCUCCAGUAUCCAGUUUUCAAGAAGACCCUAGGUCUCAUCGACAACCUGAUGCGUACUUUCGGAUGUUGUGUAUCCUUUCUAGACGUUAUUUCCUCGGACAGCAAGGAUGUCAAUAUAGAUUCCCCCGAAGUCAGUCAGCCACUCUGUACAGCUAUCCAGAUCGCGCUUUUACACCUGUUGAAGAGUUUUGGCAUUGUUCCGUCGACAGUAGUAGGACACUCAUCUGGAGAAAUUGCUGCUGCCUACGCUUGCGGAGGACUUUCUCUCGAAUCUGCCUGCAAAGUGGCGUAUCUUCGAGGCAAACACGUGUGCAAUGCAUCGCAACCAUGUAGACGUGGAGCAAUGUUGGCCGUAGGCAUGUCUGAACAAGACUACAAAGCGUUCCUACACCGGCAUUCACUGGGACACAUCGGGCAAGAACUUCCCGUCGCGUGUAUUAAUAGCCCUAAGAAUAUCACCCUUUCCGGAUGCGAGGACCUUGUCAAUUCAAUCCACGCACUCUUCUCCGACUACGAUAUAUUCUCUAGGAAACUCAAAACUGGAGCCGCGUAUCACUCUCCUUGGAUGAAAGAAUCUGCUAAUUUAUACUGCAGCGCUCUUGGAGACUUACUACCCGGCGAAGCGCUCCAUGAAGGCAUUGAAAUGCUUUCAUCGGUGACACGUGAUAGUAUUGACAGCACCACUGCAAAGACUUACUUUGGGUCAGAAUACUGGGCCCAAAAUAUGAUGAAGCCUGUCCAAUUCUCCGGUGCGCUGACAGAUCUUCUUAGACGAAAUCGGAGCUCUCGUGCAACUGGUAGUACAUCAAUCGUAGUCUCGGACCUGGUCGAGGUCGGACCCCAUUCGACGUUGCAACGGGCCGUCAAUGAGAUCCUCGAUCAUGCAUCAAUAUCUAAUGUUCAAUAUCAAUCUUGCCUUAGCCGUUUUGACCAGAGCUCUCGGCCAUUACUUGAGUUAGCAGGCCGACUUCACUGUGCCGGUUAUCCAAUUCAGCUUAAUAAUGUCAACCAGAUGGAGAACAUGAGCACUUACAAAUGCCUCACCGAUCUCCCAGAAUAUCCAUUCAACCACAGUACAAGAUAUUGGCACGAGAGUCGAUUGAGUAAGAACCUAUGCCUUCGACAACAUCCACCACUUCAUCUUCUUGGUACCCUUUCCCCAGAGUCCACAAACCUGGAGUCACGGUGGAGGAAGUUUCUUAGUAUCGCCGAGAUGCCAUGGCUGCGCGACCACCAGAUCAAUGGCAAGAUCGUGUUUCCUGGCGCAGGGAUGCUAGUUAUGGCAGGAGAAGCAGUAUCGCAGACACGUCGUUCCCAUCGGAAAACAACUGGGUUUUUUGUGAAGGAAUCAGCCAUUUCAAAUCCGAUUAUCAUUCCCCCAAACGAGGAAGAGCGUGUUGAAGUGGUCACUUAUGCUCGGCCCAUCCAAAAUAGCUCGAACAAGGACCACGAUGAUGUCCAUGUUCGAAUCUGUGUCGAAGAAGGUGGAGUGUGGGUCGAGGCUUGCGCAGCUUUGAUCCAAGUCCAUUACGAACCACCUGAGGAGGAAGUCGACAACGGAAGAGAGCAGAAGCUCCGAACGCACGAAUGCAACCGCAUAUACACCAAUGCGAAGCAGCGAUGCCAUCAGAAGGUAGACCCGAGAACGCUGUACCAGCAUUUUGCAAAAAUGGGAAUGCAAUACGGUCCAACUUUCCAGGCUUUGCGUAAUGUGUAUUGGGACGGACACCAGACUGCUAUAGCUGAGAUGAGUUUGCAGUUCCCAGAAGAGCUGAGGUCAGCAGGAUAUGGCUCACUUACCCACAAGAUUCACCCAACUUUGUUAGACGCCAUAACUCACCUCCCCUGGGUUGCAUUGACUAAGGGAGCAACUCAAGUGCAGCCCACGGGGGUUCCAAGCAAGAUGAGAGGUUGCUGGGCCAGCAGCAGUGGACUGACUACGUCUCCGUCUACCACUUUGCGGGCAUUUAGCACGACCGCUUUCAAGGGCCAUCGAGGAACACUUUCAUCAAUGUUUGUACUUGAUGAAGACGACAAUGUAGUUAUGUCCUUUGAUCAUAUGGAAACAACUGCGGUUUCCUCGGCGGAUUCACAUCUUUCUGAAUUUUCAAAACGCCGUCGGCUUUGUUGGGAGAUGAGUUGGAAAUGCGAUCCAAGUCUCUUGGCUCCAAACCAGUUAAACCGCUUACUGCAAUUUCAUCUCGUCGACGUGGGAGAUAGAGAGGUAUUUUUCCCCCGAAUGACACAAAUGUGCCGUAUCUUCAUCAAUGGAACGCUUGGAAAGAUCAGUGGAAACGAUAUCGACGAAGCUAGACCACACAUCAAACGAUACAUGAAGUGGAUGAAGGCACAACAGGCCAUGUGGCGGGAAGGGAACGUCGCCGAGCUUAAAAAAACUCCAGUGCAAGAAGAAAUUGGAGCAGAAGAGUUUGAUACCCUCGUGCGGUGGGUAGAGGCAGAGAACCCGACCGGGAGGCUUUUCGCGACUGUAGGCCGCAAUUUGCCAGCCAUUAUUCAGGGUGAUGUUGACCCGUUGGAGCUUUUAUUCGACAAAGAAACUCAGUUGGCCGAGAAUUAUUAUGCAGAUAGUAUGCGCUCGAGUGCUUUCGUACCGCCAUUACGUUGUUACAUUGAUAUGUUAGCGCACAAAAAUCAAGCGAUGAAGAUUCUUGAAGUAGGUGCAGGUACCGGCUCAAUGACGGCGCACAUCCUCUCGUCAGUGUUUUACGGUCCAGAGGAGGCUGAUCGAAAGCACCUUGCACCAAGAUUGGCGUCGUACGAUUACACGGACAUCUCACCAUACUUCUUCGACAAGGCUAAAUCACGUUUCGCCGCAACGGAACUAGACUUCAUCAGAUUUUCCACGCUUGACAUUGAACAAGAUCCAGUUGAUCAAGGAUUCCAGCCGGGGACUUAUGAUAUGGUCGUCGCCAGCGCCGUGCUUCAUGCGACGCGAGACUUGGAAGAAACCCUCCGCCAUGUUCACAGACUGCUGAAACCAGGUGGAAAGUUGGUGUUUGCUGAGAUUGUUCAACCGGAAAUCCUUCGCGCUGGGUUUGCCUUCGGUCUACUCCCUGGCUGGUGGCGCGGCUUGGAGGAAUACCGAGAUAUGAGUGCGUGUAUUUCUCGAGAACGCUGGAAUGACUUGCUGAUGCAGGCCGGUUUCGGCGGCAUCGAUAUCUACUUCAGAGACCACGAGAGUGAUAUAUCCCACGAAUACGGCGUCAUGGUAGCUACAGCCACCGAAGAUAAAGAGACUGGAAAUUCCCACGAUAUAGUCAUUCUUAAAGAUGACGACUGCGAACUUGCAGCAGAACUCAUCAGUGCCCUACAAGAGCACUUCAUCGGAAGCUCGGUCCUAACUCCUGAACAAGUUGGCAACGCAAAUUUCUCGGAAGAGACUUGUAUUAUUUCUCUUCUUGACGUAGAAAAGCCGCAUCUACAGGACUUGACUGAGAGAAAGUUUGAGAGGCUCAAGUCCAUUUUCGCGGCAUCUAAGCGGAUGAUUUGGGUUUCCAACUAUGAUCCAGAUGCCAGGGACUCGCCAUACUAUGCUAUGGUGAAUGGUCUCAUGCGCGUCCUCCGUUCAGAAGACUCGAGUCGCAUUCUCAUGACAUUGUCACGGACAGGAUCCUUGGAUCCAGCGAAACUUGCAUCUAGCAUACACAAGAUUUUGACGACUCCUAAUUUUGGGGAGAUGGGGGAUAUCGAAUAUUGGGAACGAGACGGCAUAAUUGAAGUACCACGAAUCAAGGAAGCUUCCGCGAUCAACGAUGAUCUUGGCUCUCGACUUAAACCUCAGCUUCAUCAUCUUGGUUUCAAUAACUGCGGGCCGUUGGCUCUAGAGGUGGCUGUGCCUGGUGCGCUCGAUUCGCUACGGUGGGUCAAAGAUCCCGUUCACGCUCUUGAGAUUGGUUCAGAUGAAGUUGAAAUUCAGAUCAGAGCUGUGGGACUAAACUUCCGCGAUAUUUUUAUCGCCCUGGGUCGACUCGAUGAAGACACUGAUCUCGGAUACGAAUGCGCAGGGAUAGUGAGUCGAGUGGGAACGAACUGCAAGGACCUACAACCGGGAGACCCCGUGUGUGUACCUACUUCACCAUGUCUGAAGUCUUACGCUCGCUGCCAUCACAGGCUUCCUAUCAAAAUCGCAGAUGGUGUUUCCUUCGAAGAGGCUGCUGCCUUGCCGGUCACGGGAGUCACAGCCUAUUACUCGCUGGUCGAGCAAGCAAGACUGCAAAAGGACGACACAAUCCUGAUUCAUGCUGGGGCUGGAGGUACAGGCCAGAUGGCUAUACAGAUUGCUCAAUUAGUAGGUGCUGAAGUGUUCGUGACAGUUGGAUCUCAAGAGAAAAAGCAACUUGUGAUGGUAAGGUACAAAAUACCAGAAGAUCACGUCUUCUACAGUCGGAAUAAGUCCUUUGCGGAGGGAAUCCGUCGUAUGACGCAAAAUAGAGGGGUAGACGUCGUGCUUAACUCACUCUCGGGUGAUUUAUUGACUACCACUUGGGAGUUAAUGGCUCCUGGAGGUCGCUUUAUCGAGAUCGGAAAACGCGACAUCGAGGCUAAUUCCAAAUUACCCAUGGAACAGUUCCGGCGGAACGUAUCUUUUUGCGCCGUGUCCAUUGACAGACUAAGCCCGGUAAAGAUGAGGAAUGUGUUCGUCGAAGUCAUGAAAAUGGUUGGAGACGGUCGUCUCAAACACCCACACCCGCUUCAUGUUUAUUCGAUUGGCAACAUCGAACAGGCAUUUAGAUUCAUCCAGUCUGGAAAGAACAGUGGUAAAGUCGUGUUGAACAUGACUUCAUCGGACACGGUUCCGGUUUUACUGAAAUACGAACCACAUUACCAGUUUGAUCCCAAUGCAAGCUAUGUUAUUGCAGGCGGACUUGGUGGCCUUGGCCGAAGCGCUGCUCGAUGGAUGACUGAAAGGGGUGCCAGAAAUCUCAUCUUACUCUCCCGCUCAGGCCCUAAAUCUCAAAGCGCAAAAGACUUGAUCCGCGACCUUGAGGCACAGGGAAAGCAGGUUGAAGCUCUUCCGUGCGAUGUAGCAUGUCGCUCCACUCUCUCCUCGACCCUGUCUCAGUGUUUACAAAAGCUUCCUCCCAUCAAAGGUUGCAUCCAGGGUACAAUGGUACUGAAGGAUGCAUUGUUCGAGAACAUGUCUUUUCUAGAAUGGGAGCAAGCUAUCGCGGCAAAGGUCCAAAGUUCGCUCAACCUCCACGAGGUCCUGCCUCGAGACCUCGAUUUCUUUGUUAUGCUCUCCUCGAUGGCAGGAAUAAUUGGGUCGAUCGGGCAAGCAAAUUAUGCAUCAGGGAACACAUUUCAAAACGGUCUAGCAAGAUACCGGCGUCGUAUUGGUGAAAAGGCGGCGGCUCUGGACUUGGGAUGGAUGGCAGAUGUCGGCAUUCUCGCCGAAAAGGAAGAAUAUCGCCGCGGAAGAGAGGGAAUAGUCGACACUAUCGAAAUCCACGAGACUGAAUUCCACGCCCUUCUCGACUAUUACUGCGAUCCAGCGUUGGAGGUAUGCUACGACGCGGAUGUACAACCAAUCAUAGGCUUAGCACCCACAGCUGAGCUUCGUCACCAAGGCUACGAACCACCCGCAGCUAUGAACACACCUACCUUUGCUAUUCUCGACCAGAUAGAUCGAGAUAGUCUUAGUGCGGUAGGCGUAGAUGCCCAGGCCCAUAGUUCCACCGAGGACUUCUUCCGCGCCACUACCGAUGAGGAAGCAAGUGCCGUUGUUAUUUCUGCGUUGCUCAAGAAGUUAGAGAAGACUUUCUCUAUCCCUGUUGACGACAGCGCAACUUCAAAAGCAUUGUCUGCGUACGGUGUCGACUCACUUCUGGCAAUUGAGAUCAAAUCAUGGGUUAGCAGAGAAUUCAUGUCUGAUAUUGCUGUAUUCGAUAUUAUGGGUGGCGCAUCAAUCGAGCAGGUGGGCGAUCUGGUUACUGAGAAAUGCAAAGCAAGGAAGUCGGGACGUACAAGCUGA